CGAUCACCUUCCCUCUGGCUAGCUUCCAUUGUCAACAAAUUGCUCAAUGAACAGAGUAGGAGGAUUCACAGUCCCCGAACCGCGUUCGCCUCUACAAAUGUCUCAUUUUUGGGCUUCAAAUAGCCAGAUUGCGCCUGGAUCUAUCACUUACACGACGUCCAUUAAUGCAGACGGUCAGGUUACAAGUCACCCUUUCAGGUAUGAGGUAUGAACGUACCUGACAGAUCUUGUACACUAACUACAUCUUGACCUUUCGAACUUGCAGAGCGGUGCCUGUAAGGCAAGUGGUUUCCGAGUCGAUGUUGACGAGAUCCCAUUGUUUGAUCCGAUUAUAAUGUGCAGCUAUCAGACACCUCAAGGAGUUGUGCAUGGUUUCCAAUGGGUCCCUGUCGACGCCAUACAGAUCCUCACAGGCCCUCAGCUCCCCAAUGUAACGAGUCCUCAGUUAGCCGGAGUGUAUCCCCAUGACCGUGCGGAUCAGGGAUUUGCUGCAGGAUCCAGGGGUCCCGUUUUUUUCGGUAGGGAAGACGAGGUGGUACUUGAGAAGUGGUAUGACCGCGCGCCUUAUAGGCCUGCGGGUGCUUUCUCGAUUCCACCAAUUGUAAAGCCCCACGAAAUCCUUCCUUCCACUUACCCUAAUGGACCCGAUCCUAUCGCAAAGGCAGCAUAUAUGUAUGUCCCUCAAGCGCCCUCUCCAAUGCCGCCGCUAUGGCAUCCUCGUUCUCCAUACACACGCCCUCCUUCCCGUGCGCGAUCUCCAGGCCAUUAUCAACGAUUGAGAUCGCCCUAUCCUCCACAACGCACUCCAUUUGUCCCCCCUUCGCAACUUCAUCCAAUGCCCGGGGCACCUGCCAGGCCAGUGUUCCAUUCAUCCUCCCGUAUACCUGGUGCUGCCACUGGUGAAGAAUCAUCGCAACUCUCUGUUCCGGAGGCAUUCUCCCGUAUGCCAGAUGCCGCCCAACCUUACACUCCGUUUAGCGUGACGAGGAUUCAAGGCAUGGACACAUUUUACCGUCGGAUUCCCAGUAUGCCACGGGUCCUCGACACCCAUGAUGUACGCCACCAGGAUUGGAGCAGAUUCAUGAAUGAUCUUGCUCUUGCGUGGACGGGAAAGAUGCCUCUUCCUGAGUUUGCUAGGGGACUCCCGCCUGCGGAGCUGGCUGCAGUUCAAAUCAAUCUGUGGAACAAAUCCUUCUUUCGUGCCCGUCUCGUCGAGGUGGUCCUUUACUUGGGCCGCGAGCGACGCUCAGGUCCGCUUGCAGGAUCUGUGGACGAUCAACUUCCAUUGCCUGAAUCAGAAAGGACUGAGGGACGCGAGCGGAAGUACUCGUUGUACUUGACCUGUGUCGCGCGUGCUGGCUCUUAUGUAGCAGGGCACAACCCUUUUGGCAGCACAUACUACUAUUCGUGAUGGAUCGUCAAUCUUCAUUAUCGUAUGUAAUUUUUUUAUUUAAAAAAAUUCUCGUUUAUUGUCACGAAGGAAAACCUUUUGUAGACAUUACAUACAUCCUGAGUAUAGUUAUCGUCCUUUGCUUUGCUCUCAUUAUACUACUGCUAUGUUUGACUGCGAAUGUAUUAUUACCCGCACUUCGACCAUAGACCCAGCCGAGUUGGUCAGUAGUAGUCCCAUAGCGAACAAAUAUUAGAAGGUACACCCAUAUUCAGAUCGAUGUAGCGAGUCCAUA